CGGACCGGUUCCCACCGGUUCGGGUAACCCUGCUCCCCGGACGGCUCGGCUCGUACGUGCGCAGGAUGAUCCCGCCCAGCGGCGUGCAGGAACCUCAGCUGUGCUCUUCGGAGAUGUUUGACAUCUACCGGAAGCCAUUCCUCCUCUGAUUUACAGGCCGGCUGCUGAUCCCAAACUUGAUUUGAAUGUUAUUGUGGUGUGCAGCUCGAUUAGCCUGCUCUUGUUUCAGUUCAAAGUUCAAACCAAUGCAUCUCUGGCAUGUGAUCAUAUUGCAACUGAAUGGGAUUCGCAUCAUGUCAUGUUAUGCACAGAUCAAAGGGCCAUGGAAUAAAGGAGCCUUGUUGCUUUGCUUACCAUGUUGGCAUAUGCUCUUGUCACUCAUGCCACAAGCGAGUGCGCCACGGGCCACCAUGCACGAUGCCGCGCAGAGCGCAUAUCUCUGCCGACAUCUUCACCCUCAUGGGCAACACGAGGCCGGUCGGCAUGGCGAGCGCGAGGGCGGCGGCGGCGGCGUCGUGGUGCGGCCACUGCGGCAUGAGCAUCGCCGCGCCGCCGUCCGGGCCCGGCUCCUCCAGCGUCCGGUGCGCGUUCUGCCACCGGCUGACGCGCGUCGAGCGCCACCGCGGCGUGACGACGCUCGCGGCCCCCUCGCCGCCGCGGGGCGCCGCCGUCCCCGCGGGGCUCGAUGAGAUCCCGGCGGGCUACUUCCCCAGCGUGAGCGGCAAGAAGCGCGCGCUCCUCGUCGGCGUGAGCUACAGGGGCACCGCGCACGAGCUCAGGGGCACGGUCAACGACGUCAGGGAGAUGCGGCGCCUCCUCUGCGGCAAGUUCGGGUUCCCCGGCGACUGCAUCCUGGAGCUCACAGAGAACGAGGGGGACCCGACGAGGGUGCCGACUCGGGCGAACCUGCUGCGGGCGAUGCGGUGGCUCGUGGAGGGCUCCGGCAGCGGCGACUCGCUGGUGUUCCACUUCUCCGGGCACGGCGUGCAGAAGCUGGACCUGAACGGCGACGAGGUGGACGGGUACAACGAGGCGCUGUGCCCGGCGGACUUCGAGCGGAGCGGCAAGAUCCUGGACGACGAGAUCAACGAGAUCAUCGUCCGCCCGCUGGGCAGGGGCGUCAAGCUGCACGCCGUCGUCGACACCUGCCACAGCGGCACCAUCCUCGACCUCCCCUACCUCUGCCGCCUCUCCAGAACGGGGUACUGGCAGUGGGAGAAUCACGACCGGCCCAGCGGCGCGCGGAAGCGCCCCAACGGCGGCCUGGCCAUCUCCAUCAGCGGCUGCAGCGACGACCAGAAGUCCGCAGACGCCAGCGUAUGUCUCCGAAGUCCGAACCAAGAAAAAAAAACUCUGCUCCGUCUCGGUUUAGACGAUGCCCACCCAUUAAUUACUCCCGGUCGAUACUGUGCAGGGAUUUUCCGAGUCGUCGUCGUCUUCGAUCGGCGCCAUGACGGACAGCUUCAUCAAGGCGGUGGAGGCGGAGCCGGGGACGACGUACGGGCGGCUGCUGAGCGCGAUGAGGGCGAGGAUCCGCGACGGGCAGGGGAGCCGCCGCCUCCCCGGAAGGCUCGGCUCCUUCGUCCGCUGGAUGAUCCCGUCCAGCACCGUGCAGGAGCCUCAGCUGUGCUCGUCGGAGAUGUUUGACAUCUACCGGAAGCCAUUCCUCCUCUGAUUUGUUCGUCGCCGACGGCUAAUUCGGAACUUGAUUUAUUUGGAUGUGUACUGUACUUCAGCUGGCAUGUGAACAUACAGUAUGUUACAACGAAAUGGAAUUUACGUCCUGUCAGAGUGCAUGGCGAGAAAUGGUAAUGUCCAGACUCCAGAUUAGAUGGCGAGAAAUUACGUCGUGGACGACCUGGACCCACCACUAGAAAACAGGGACCUCGAAGCAAUGAUCUGAAUUACUCGAGGAUUCAAUUUGCAUUGGUGACCUCUGAAAAAUAAAAUUGUGCACUUUGUUCUCAGUCC